AUGCUUCAAGCAAUAGCUGGUUGUGCCGGAUGGAUCAUCAGCUUCGCAACGAUAGAUGAUAAUAUCAACCCUGCGUACAUGGGGACAGCUCUCCGGAUUGCAUUCACGUCCCUCGCUACCGCUAUUCUCACUGGGCCCGCCAUAUCAGGCGUACUUCUUCAGUUUGUGGGAUAUUGGGCUACCUGGUCUGUACCUCUUGUUAUUUUAAUCAUUAGCUUCAUUGCUCGUCUCAUCAUGCUCGAAGAAACCAAGUUACCUGCCGCCACAUCGGACGAAAUAACCUCUCUAUUGAAUUCUACGAAAUCCUCACAACCGUCGUCUCAAUCUGGUACUGGAAUUUACCGAAUCAUACUAUCUGAUGUUGGGUUUCUCGUCAGUCUUCUGAAUAUAAUGAUGGAGGGCAUUAUAAGCACCGGAUUUGAUACUACUAUUCCGAUUUUUUUGGAGAAGCAUUUCGGAAUGAAGACAGCUGCGAUUGGCUUAAUACUUCUUGCCCUCCAAGUCCCUGGUGUCAUCAUAUCUCCAUUUAUUAGUUUACUUCGGAGCAAGAUGGGACUACGCUUUCCAACUACAUUUGGAUGGACUGUUAUGGCGCUAUUGUUUUGGCUUCUGGGAACCCUUGGAGAAGAUGUCUCUUCCGGAAUCAUGCCAAAUGAUAUCCACGUACAUAGAGCAGACAUUUUUGUUUGUGUUGUCGUUUUUAUUGGGUUUGUUGCAGCAUUGAUUCGAGGCGCAGGGAUGCUGCAGAUGAAAGAUGGUCAGCCUGAGGCGGAACAAGCGCCAUCCAGCCUAAUCCAUGAAAAAUACAACUUUGCUGAUGGAGAGGGCAUGAUGGUGUGA